UAAAGUAUAAAAUAGAUUUAAGAUUGACACUUCUAUUUAUUCUCUCCCCCUCCCUCUCUCUCUAGAAGUCCUCUACAGAGAAGCUCCUCCUAGGGUUUGAUCGAGAGAGAGAAAGGGGAAACAGAAAUGGGGCAGCAAUCACUGAUCUACAGCUUCGUGGCGCGGGGGACGGUGGUCCUCGCAGAGUACACCGAGUUCACCGGGAAUUUCACCGGAAUCGCCGGACAGUGCCUCCAGAAACUCCCCGCCACCAACAACAAGUUCACCUACAACUGUGACGGCCACACCUUCAACUACCUUGUCGAGGAUGGAUUUACUUAUUGUGUUGUGGCUGUCGAAUCUGUUGGAAGGCAUAUUCCAAUAGCAUUUCUUGAGCGGAUUAAAGAGGAUUUUACCAAGAAAUAUAGUGGUGGUAAGGCGGCUACAGCUGUUGCCAAUAGCCUGAAUAGAGAAUUUGGGCCUAAAUUAAAGGAGCAAAUGCAAUACUGUGUGGAUCAUCCAGAGGAGGUCAGCAAACUUGCAAAAGUGAAAGCUCAGGUCUCAGAAGUCAAAGGGGUGAUGAUGGAAAACAUUGAAAAGGUUCUUGACCGUGGAGAGAAAAUUGAGCUUUUGGUCGAUAAAACCGAGAAUCUUCGUUCUCAGGCUCAAGAUUUCAGGACUCAAGGAACCAAGAUGAGGAGAAAGAUGUGGUUGCAGAAUAUGAAGAUAAAGCUAAUUGUCUUGGGCAUUAUCAUUGCUCUGAUCCUUAUCAUAGUUUUAUCAGUUUGCGGUGGGUUCAAGUGUCACUAAAUGUGGGUGUAUUCUUAUCAUAGUUUUAUCAGUUGCACUCAACAUAUGAGUAGCUUUUGUUCCUACAAAUUCAUUUUGCUGACUCUUCGUUUU